CCCUGUAGCACUUCCCCCCCGCACAAAUGCGGGGAGCCAAGGUGACUUAACUCCAUUCCCGCGGCAGACCAGGAUGUCAUCCACCCCGACUCGAUUGAUAUAAUGAUGUGCUACCCGCGGCAAGGUAAGCUAAAUACAAAUCCUCCUACAAUCUCAACAAAACCUUGAAUCGCCACGAUGAACUUUGAUAUUCCCCCCGAUCUCAAAGAGUUCCUCUCUUCUCUGGACAGCUUCAUAGAGAGAGAAAUAGCUCCGCUUCAAGCUCAGGACGACAACGAGCGCUUCUUCGACCAUCGUCGGGAACAUAGCCGUACUGAUUGGGAAAAUGAUGGCCUUCCGCGCCCAGAAUGGGAGGCAUUGCUCACUGAAGCCCGGCGCCGAGCUGACAAAGCUGGCUUCUACAGAUUAUCACUUCCGGUCGAGUACGGCGGGCAAAAUAAAGGCAAUCUCUGGAUGAGCGUCAUAAGAGAACAUCUGGCAGCGAAAGGUCUAGGCCUAUUCAAUGACUUGCAAAACGAGCACUCCGUCGUAGGCAACUUCCCCACCAUUGUCAUGCUUCUUAGCUUCGGCAAUGAGGCUCAGAGGAAGGAGUUUAUUCCAGGCCAGCUUGCCGGCAAAGUGAUCAUGACAUUCGGCCUGACAGAGCCAGACCAUGGUUCUGAUGCCACGCAUCUCGAGACUGUGGCGAAACCAGAAACUAGAAACGGUGUGAAAGGUUUCGUUCUCAAUGGUCGAAAGAAAUGGCAAACCGGCAUGCAUGUUGCAACGCAUUGCAUUCUCUUCGCGCGGACCUCUGGGCGUGCUGGCUCGACUAACGGCAUUACGGCAUUUAUCGUGCCUGCUAAAACCCCAGGCAUCAAAGUCGAGAGCUAUGAGUGGACUUUCAAUAUGCCAACAGACCACGCAACCAUCUCACUAAACGAUGUAUGGGUGCCAUCGACGGCAAUCUUCGGGCCACCAACAUCGGGCCUCAGCGUUGCCCAGGCAUUCCUCCACGAUAACAGGAUCAGACAGGCGGCGAGUAGUCUUGGUGCCGCGACAUUCUGUAUCCAGGAGUCCAUUAAGUACGCUAAGGAGAGGAAGCCGUUUGGAAAGGCGUUAGCGUGGAACCAAGGGAUCCAGUUUCCGCUCGUGGAGCUGCUGACGCAGACGGAGAUGCUGAGGUUGCUGAUCCGCAAGACAGCGAAUGAUAUGGAUAGUAUGCCACACAGGGACGUGGAGAAGAAGUUGACGGACAAGGUGAGCAUGUGUAAUUAUUGGGCGAAUAGGCUGUGCUGCGAGAGUGCAGACCGUGCUAUACAGGUUCAUGGCGGUGUCGGCUACAGCAGGCAUAAACCCUUUGAGCAUAUUUACCGGCACCAUAGGCGCUACCGUAUUACCGAGGGUUCUGAGGAGGUUCAGAUACGGAAGGUGGCAUUUAAAGUCUUUGGGCUCUCGGAGUUAGCGAAGGCCCAGAAACAGGCCGCAAAGCUGUAAGUUUGGAAACUAUGCAACAUUGUAUG